AUUAAGUGGCGCAAAGCACACACAGACAGACAGGUGCAGCCCGGGGAUGGGUCAGGACCAGGAGGAGUUUGCACUCUUAUAGACGUUGGAAUAUGCUCUCCGUGGGAUUUUAGUCUGCUUUGAGCCGUCGGGUGCAUUCUUCCUCGAAUGCAAACAUAGUCAUGUUUAUCAGAACAACGUGCCUGCUCCACUUUGUGGUGUCCCUGUCCAAACUGGUUCGCUGCAUGGAAAGUGAACUUUGCUUCCCGGUCAGAGUGAACAUCCAGCAGCAGCAACAGCAGCGUGAUGGUGGGUGGGAGCCUGACUACUACGUGGAUGCUCUCAAUGGGAAAUGUGUGCUAAGAAUUGAAGCUUUCCACCUGGAGUUAGUGCUGGAUUUACAGCAGGACUCCAACUUUAUUGGCCCUAAUUAUGUGUCCGACCAGGACGCGCCGUGGCUCUCCGGUACCGGUGGGACCACAGACCUCAGCCGGUGUUUUUACUCCGGUCACGUGAAGGGUGACCGCAACUCUUACGCAGCUGUGAGCUUGUGCAAAGGUGUGCAAGGUGCAUUCGCCUACCAAGGCUGGGAGUAUUUCAUCAGCCCUGCGCGUAACGACACCACCAGUGCGAGCAGCGCGCACGUCGUCCGGCGCAGAAACGGCAGCAACUCGAAGCCCAAUUCCACGACAAAGUGCGCAGUGGACAAUGACAUCAGCCUCAAUUUCGCGCGGCUAUUAGGGAAAUACAAGAGCGUCAAAGACGAGCGCAAUGUGACCGAAACCAUGCUGAGAAGGAUGGGGAGAAGCAAGCGCUUCGCGUCGGUGCCGAGGUACGUGGAGACCUUGGUGGUGGCGGACCAGACCAUGGUCGAGUUCCACGGCGACAACCUGAAACAUUACAUCUUGACGCUCAUGUCGGUGGCGGCGCGCCUGUACAAGCACCCGAGCAUCCUCAACUCCAUCAACAUCGUCGUCGUGAAGAUUGUGAUAAUAUUCGAGGUGUACAAGGGACCCAAAGUGUCCGCGAACGCAGCCAUGUCGCUCCGGAACUUUUGUACUUGGCAGAAAAAGAUGAACAAGCACAACGAUAAGCACGCAGAGUACUGGGACACGGCCAUACUUUUCACUAGACAGGACCUUUGCGGUGCCUCCACAUGUGACACCCUCGGUAUGGCGGAUGUUGGCACCAUGUGCGAUCCCAAGAGGAGUUGCUCUGUGAUCGAAGACGACGGCCUCCCUUCGGCCUUCACCACAGCUCACGAGCUCGGACAUGUCUUCAACAUGCCGCACGACAACGUGAAGGCCUGCGAGGACGUGUUUGGGAAACUGCAGGAUAAUCACAUGAUGUCUCCUACGCUCAUUCAGAUCAAUCGCACCAGCCCGUGGUCGCCCUGCAGUGCUGCCAUCAUUACUGAGUUUUUGGACAGUGGACAUGGAGAGUGUUUGCUGGAUCAGCCACAGAAACCAUUGGGCCUCCCAAACGCCCUCCCUGGAGCAUCUUACCUGCUGGAGCGGCAGUGUCAGCUGGCCUUUGGUGAAGAUUCCAGACCCUGUCCUUUCAUGCAGCCGCCAUGCGUCCGUCUGUGGUGCACAGGGAAGUCCAAUGGCCAGUUGGUGUGUAUGACUCGACACUUCCCCUGGGCGGACGGCACUCACUGCGGAGAUGGAAAAGUCUGCGACAGAGGGAUCUGCUCCGACAAAGAGGACUAUAAUGUGAAGGUGGACGGUCGCUGGGGUAAAUGGGGUUCUUUUGGUUCGUGUUCUCGCACAUGCGGAGGUGGAGUCCAACUGGCCAAAAGGGAGUGCAACAACCCGGUUCCAUCAAACGGGGGCAAAUACUGCCAAGGGGUUCGGAUCAAAUACCGCUCCUGCAACCUGAACCGCUGCCCUGACAUAGGUAAGACGUAUCGGGAUGAGCAGUGUGAAAUGAGCGGCCGCAGCUUCAGCAGUAACCACAUCGCCCCCUCAGUGGUGUGGGUACCAAAGUACUCCGGAGUGAGUACCGAUGACAGAUGCAAACUCAUCUGCAGGGCUAACGGAACUGGCUACUUCUACGUUCUUGCACCUAAGGUUGUGGAUGGAACCCCGUGCUCUCCAGAAUCCCUGGGAGUGUGCGUUCAAGGAAAAUGCAUCAAGGCUGGUUGCGAUGGAAAAAUUGGCUCAAACAAGAAGUUUAACAAGUGUGGAAUCUGCGGCGGUGAUAACAAAAACUGCAAGAAGGUGUCGGGGCUCUUCACAAAGCCCUUACACGGCUACAACUUUGUGGUCAUAUUGCCAGUGGGCGCGGCCAACAUAGACAUCCGUCAGCGAGGAUACCAAGGAAUGCUGGGUGACGACAACUACUUGGCGGUGAAGAACAGCCAGAGUCAGUAUUUGCUCAAUGGCAACUACGUGGUGUCGGCAGGCGAAAGGGACAUCAUUGUGAAGGGCAGUCUGCUGCGCUACAGUGGCACCACUGGCAUCUCCGAGAACCUCCAGGCUGUAAAUCCCUUGGGCGAGGCCCUCACUGUGGAGGUGCUGUGUGCAGGGAACUUGACGCCGCCUCGCAUACGCUACUCUUUCUACCUGGCCCGUCAGAACAAAGACGACAAGACUCUGAAGAAGGACGCUGGUGUGAAAUCCCACAACAGCGUUCUGGCUGAUGACAGUGACAAGGAGAAGGGCGUGAACACCUUGAAGAAACCUUACAGCAAAGAGGAGCCUCCUCUUGAGAAAUGGACAUCCACAAACUGGGAUGAAUGCUCAGUGAGCUGCGGCGAGGGUUUUCAGAGGCGAAUGGUGCAGUGUUUAAGAUCGGACGGCUCGCCGGGAUUGAAAUGCGAUCCGUCCCAAAGACCGUCAGCCAUCAGAGCUUGUGGAGACCCAUGUCCAGAGUGGCAUAUUGGCCAGUGGGCGCCUUGCUCCAGAACCUGCGGGAAAGGCUUUAAGAGACGACCGCUGAGCUGCAGAGCCCAAACAGGACACACACUUCCUAGGGACCACUGCACUGGCUUACGUAAACCACAGGAGCUGGACUUCUGUAAACUAAGGUCUUGCUAGGAACUCCAAAAAAACCCUAUAUUAGGACUGAAUAGACAUUUCCCACAUACAUCCCGACACACCUAGCAAGGGAAGGAGGGUGAGCGGUGUAGAAUGAACGCUGUCAUAUAUUUUCCCCAACAUUUAGACUAUGUUAUCUGAAUUCACUCCCAACAGAAGACCAACACUGAACAAAGUCAAUAUAGAGCUGACAUAUGUUAGCAAGCUAUUUAUCUUGCUUAUCAGUUUAGAAACCAUUUAAUGUCAUAAUGUUUUUAAACGUUGGGAUUUUGUGCGGCCCGGCGUGACAGAUGCAAAAACAUUAAUUUUUUUGACCAACUUGUCAAACACAAUGUGACUGAGCCCCUAAUUAAUUUUUUUUGCAAAUAUGAGACCUAUAUCGGAUUUUUUAAAUGUCAGUGUUUCCAAAUUUUCCAUAUCCGACCAAGGCCUCUUUCGUAUGUGGAUAUAAAUCGGAUAUAUAUGCGAUGCAUCCUUAAUGUGAAAUGCUCCCACGCUCGGGUCUCACUCAUUUGACCAGAAUGUCUUCAAAAAGCAAUAACCGUCGUAAUUCUUUGCCAAAAUAGAUGCUUACAAAAUAAACAGUGGUGGAAAUAGGUGAAAAUAAUAUGUUUUAGGAACUCACGUGAAAGUUCCACCACUCCUGUCUCCGACUGCUCGCCCACACGCUCUUCAAGCAGACAUCGAAGCAAAUUAUCUGUGAGAGCCUAAGUACUUGUCUUGUCAUUCUUAAUUUUCUACGUACAACAAUUUUUUCAGAAAAUGUAGACAUUGAUUGCACAAAAUCAAUGAAAUUGCCACAAAUGCGCCAGUGCUGAGAUCGACAAGAGUUGGAGACAUUUUUACUUCAGUAAACACUGCAGUACGUGCAACGUCAUGACGUCAUGUUUGUCUUGACAUUAAUGAUAAUGAUAAAUGGGUUAUACUUGUAUAGCGCUUUUCUACCUUCAAGGUACUCAAAGUGCUUUGACAGUAUUUCCACAUUCACCCAUUCACACACACAUUCACACACUGAUGGCGGGAGCUGCCAUGCAAGGCGGUAACCAGCAGCCAUCAGGAGCAAGGGUGAAGUGUCUUGCCCAAGGAUACACAACGGACGUGACUAGGAUGGUAGAAGGUGGGGAUUGAACCCCAGUAACCAGCAACACUCCGAUUGCUGGCACGGCCACUCUAUCAACUUCGCCACGCCGCCCCAUUAAAAAUCAUAUUUUUUUUGUAAUGUAAACGGCCACUAAAAAUAUCGGAUUCGACAAAAAAAUUAAUUGGAAUUGGACAUCCAACCCUGCAGUGGGAACGCAAUCUAAUUCCACCUUGUUAUUCAAUCCUGGAAUAGAUUUGUAACAAAACAUAUCAUGGUUUUCUUUUUAUGAGUUAGGUAUUGUGUCAUAUUGGCUCACUUCGGGCCCUAUUCUCCCAUUUAGUUAAGUGAAAAAAGAUGUGCAACUAGCAAGAUUUUGCCUGCGUGACAUUCUCCCCCUCGACUUAAGGGAAAUUGCCCUUUUUUUGGGAAUUUUGCCAAUCAUUCACAAUCCAUAUGCACAUAUGAUUUUAUUUUUUAUCCAUUGUAACUUGUAAAUAAACGUAAAUGAAAGUCAGCUAACAAUGGAGCCUACGGGAGUCGCUAUCUUACACCUACAAAGUGCUGUAAAAAAAACCUUAAAAUAUGUUAUAUAUUUAAUGUAGUAACAGGCACAUUCAUAUUAACAUGUAAUAUUUAUGUAUUUUUUAAAUCAUUUUAAGCAUACGGCAGGGCAUUACAGCAUUUGCUUUUUCACUUAAUAACAACAUCCAUCCAUCCAUCCAUUUUCUACUGCUUGUCCCUUUCGGGGUCACGGGGGUGCUGUAGCCUAUCUCAGCUGCAUUCGGGCGGAAGGCGGGGUACACCCUGGACAAGUCACCACCUCAUCGCAGGGCCAACACAGACAGACAACAUUCACAAUAGGGCCAAUUGUUAGUGUUAUAAAUGAAAAAUGAUAAAUGGGUUAUACUUGUAUAGCGCUUUUCUACCUUCAAGGUACUCAAAGCGCUUUGACAGUAUUUCCACAUUCACCCAUUCACACACACAUUCACACACUGAUGAAGGGAGCUGCCAUGCAAGGCGCUACCAGCACUCAUCAGGAGCAAGGGUGAAGUGUCUUGCCCAAGGACACAACGGACGUGACUAGGAUGGUAGAAGGUGGGGAUUGAACCCCAGUAACCAGCAACCCUCCGAUUGCUGGCACAGCCACUCUACCAACUUCGCCACGCCGUCCUCCCCCGUGUGUUGCCAAUCAACCUAUCCCCAGUGGAUGUCUUUGGAGGUGGGAGGAAGUUGGUGUACCAGGAGGGAACCCACACAGUCACAGGGAGAACAUGCAAACUCCACACAACUACUACUAAUUAUACCUCACAAGAGCCAACAAACAUAAUACAACAAUCUUUUAAUUUACAAUGUCUGCCCUCACAUGGAUGCCGACUGUUGGGAUGUUCAAAUCUUGUCGUUUAGAUGAAGAAUUAAUCAUAAUCCUUGCGAAUUGUUGAGAAAAAAAAGCCAGGACCGCAUGUCUUUUUGUGUCUUUGUCAUUUCCGGGUAUAAGUGGAUAUAACUUCUCGGUUUAUGACCACAACCUUUUUCAAUCCAGGUGAGAGGCAUGAUUUGGUUAAUAGUCAGGUCAAGAGAUGUAAAUGGGGUAUUGUUGGUGCCUUUUGGAUGCAUUUUUAGAGCGAUUUAGAGGCAAAGUGGAUGAAUCCCAUUAGCACCAUUGCUUGCCACCCAGAGCGAGCCGAUUAUUUAAAAAAAUUGAAUGCAAAAAAACCACAUGUUCUUGUCUUUCAUAAGGAUUGGGAAUUGUAGACAAAAUUCCCCAAAAAGUGCAGUUCCCCUUUAAGUCUGUCACAGCACGCCUUCCUCCAUGAUGCACACUUUGGGUGGAGCAACGCUUAAAUGUUGGCAAUCCCACAUUUUGUACUAAACAGAACUCUUAACAUUACAAAUACUCUUCGAUUGCUUAUAAUAAAAUAUCAAAAAUACUAUCAGAUUGGUUAUAAUAAAAGGUGAAAAAAAGUUUAAUCUACGGAUUAUUAUUCACAUCCAGCCAGGAUGAAGACACUGUUGUAGCUUGCAUACACACAUUACUUUAAAUAAACUCUUAAAUGCCCUUACUUAAAGGCCCUUACUGCAUACACUACACCUUUUAUCCCCAUAAUAAGAAAGCUACAUACUAUAUGCAUCUUUUAUUUUCAUCUACAUUUUUGCUUGAUCGGAAUUCCAAAAGCAUUGUGUACGUGGACACUAGAUACAUUGAUCUGAUCAUGUUUUGCUUGUAUACAUGCGCCGAGCGUUUAAUCAGAAUAAACAUCUGGGUUGUCGGAAAUAGUAGAAGACUACUUUCGCCAAUGUUGCAAACAAAAGUCCUGUUCUUUGGGCCUCCCAAGUAAAAUGUCUCCUGUCUGGCGUGUCUGUUUAAGUAAUUUUUCAAAUUCAUUAUUUACAUGAACUCGCUUUUACAACUAUGUGUUUUCAACCUUUCAACCACAAGGCGUUCAACAAUCCUGAGUUCCUUUUAACAUUUCCAACAUGAAGAAACAAACAUUGACAUUGAUGCUGUUUGGAACAACGGUCGGCAAAAACCACACCUCUCGUUUCGAAUUAAAUUUCUUUCCGAAUUGUCCAUAUCGGAAUAAAUAUUCUGAUGAACGUUUUCUAAAUCUGAUUGGACCUUUAUUCUGAUUUUUUGUGUCCAUGUAAAUACAGCUAUUUUCUGCCCACCCUACUAUUCGACAUUAGUCACCACAAAAAAGACUAAGCUGCUCUUUCUGCACACUCGAUGAAAUCCUGUAAAUCAUGAUAUUAUUCUUAUGCUGUUCCUUUACGGGCCCACGUUGUCCAGUACAACAUCCCGCCACAUGAUGGAUCCUUUUAUAGUCAGAUUUUUAUUUCUAUUUUGUAAUUUCAUCAGCUUUUGCACUUUGUACAGCAAAAGAAAGUGUUGACUUAUAAGGGCUGUACUGUAUACUAUGUAUACAUUUAUUCAGCUCUGUGCAAAAAAAUCAUGUAUAUAUGUUUUUAAUCUUUUUUUAAAACACAACUGAAUUGUUUUUGAAUAUAUUUAUUCCAAAUAAA